CAACAGCUUCGCUCCAUAUUCAUUCAAACGGCGGACACUCCCAACCCCGAAAGUCUGAAAUUUGUGCCUACCGGCGUUGCGGUUUUAACGGACAAUCCGGAUGGCAACGGUUUUUACGUAACGAAGAACGACCCCGCCAAAGAGAUUCUGCGGAGCCCACUCGCCAAGUCGCUGUUCGACGUGGAAGGCGUCAAAGCAGUGUACCUGGGUGGCGACUUUGUGACGGUUACAAAAUACGCCGAACACAAAUGGAAAAUACUGCGACCGCAGCUUUUUGACGUACUUAUGAACUGGGCCGAUUCGGAGAAGCCCGCCUUGCUGGAAAUGCCCGAAAUUACGGAUACCACGAUUAUGGAAGACGACGAUGAAAUCGUGGCCAUGAUUAAGGAGCUGAUUGAGUCACGUAUUCGACCCGCUGUCCAAGAGGAUGGUGGGGACAUUCGGUACGUUUCGUUUGAAGAAGAAACGGGAAUUGUUACAGUUGAACUGGCCGGCUCUUGUGUCGGUUGCCCCAGUUCUUCGGUAACACUCAAGCAAGGUGUCGAAAACAUGUUGAUGCACUACAUCCCCGAAGUAAGCUCUGUA